AUGCGACAAAAAAAUGACCUCGAAUACAGUGAGUUACUUUCUCGAUUACGAGGUGGUGCACUAACUGGUAGGGAUGUUAAAUCGUUGGAAGAGCAAAAAGUAGUUAUUAAAUCCGAAUCUAGGUAUGAUGAUAGAUUAAAUGAGAUAUGUGCGGAUAUUAACAAAUUGCCUGAUGGCAGUGUAAGCUUGUUACGAACAUGCAAUCAAUGCAAUAUUUUAAAUUCCAUAAUGUUAGAAAAAAUUCCAUCGUCAGAAAUAUCUCUGGUGGCAAAUGAUACAAUAGAUUGUCCAAAAAAGUUUCAAAAAAAAGCAUCUACAGUAUCAAAAAAAUUAAAUAAUGAUGACACACGUACUGCAGGAUUAGCCAAACUUAUUGUAAUCAAAAUUGGAGCGAAAAUAAUGAUUGGACGAAACAUUGAUGUAACGUUAGGACUUGUCAAUGGAGCAAUAGGUACAAUUAUAUCGGUAUCGAAAUCGACGGACGCUUGUGAAGAUGUAAAUUCGAUUACUGUUAAAUUUAAUAACGAAAAAGAGUAUACUCUAGAGCGAGUUAGUGCAAAAUUUCAAAUAAUGAAUGACGCUUACGUAAUUCAAAAACAAUUUCCAAUAUGCUUGAGUUAUGGUAUAACUGUUCAUAAAAGUCAAGGAUUAAGUUUAAAAAAUGCGAUCAUUGAUGCAGGUAACCGAGUAUUUUGUGCUGGGCAAACUUACGUUGCACUAUCUCGUGUUACAUCAUUAGAAGGUGUUCAUUUAAUAAAUUUUGACCCUUCUCAAAUAAAAGCAAGUAGACUUGCAAUUGAAGAAUAUAAUCGCUUAAGGAAAAUGUAUCGACCUGAUUUACAACAGAUAGAAAUUAAUGAAAAACGUCGAAUGAAAAUAUUAGAUCUGCAAUGGGCAUUAGAAGAAUUUGAUUUAGAUGACAGUAAUAAUGAAAGUAACUUGCAGAAUAUCAACUGCAAUAUUAUUUCAAUUUGUGGUUUCAAAAACUAUGAAGGUAAUGAAUUUAGUAAUAACGUAGAAGAAUUAGAUCCUUUGUCAUUUUUCCAUGCGUUAUGUCACAAGUAUGAUUAUAUCAAAUAA